AUGUGGCAGGAGGAGCUAGGGUCAUUGAGAAUGCUCAUGCUCAGCCGGCGGGACAAUUGCCAGCUGCAGCAGGUCGACUGUUGGUGGCAGUCGGACGACCGUGAGGCGACCGGUGGGGCGACCGGUGGCCAGGCGACCGGCGGCGGCCGGACGACCGGCGGUGGCCGACCGGCGGUGGCCGACCGGCGGCGGCCAGGCGAAAACAGCUGCAACUCGAGUGACACCCCGCUGACUUCGGGGGGUGUUGCGGAUGCCGAUCGACGAAAGCGAACGUCGUCGGCUGGUGGCGGCGGUGGUGUUGGAGGUGGUGAUGACAGCGAUGAUGAAUUCGGAAGCGGCAUAGGAGGUGGUGGAGGUGGUGGAGGAGAUGGUGGAGGCGGAGGAGACCCUGGAGGUAGUCCCGGAGGCGGCGGAAGGUGUCCCAUGUCACCUGAUAAGAAGAAGCAUCGUCGUAAUCGGACAACGUUCACCACCUAUCAGCUGCACGAGUUGGAGAGGGCAUUCGAGAAGUCGCACUAUCCGGAUGUGUACAGUCGCGAGGAGCUCGCCAUGAAGGUCAACUUGCCCGAGGUCAGGGUACAGGUAUGGUUCCAAAACCGGCGUGCGAAAUGGCGUCGCCAGGAGAAGAUGGAAGCGGCGCGUUUGGGGCUGAGCGAGUACCAUCAAGGCGUGACGUCGCUGGGCCGCGUCCCCGGGUCAUCCUUGGCACUCCCCGUCGACCCCUGGCUGGCUCCCCCCCUACUCAGUGCCCUGCCAGGCUUCCUGGCGCACCCUCAGACCGGCUACCCCAGCUACCUGACUCCUCCAGUCGUCACCUCCAGCACGACGGACACCUCCUCACUGGGUGCUCCUCCUCCCUCACUAGGAGGACCUCAUCCUCCUCACAAGGCAGCCUCGCCUUCCUCGCCCGCCCUUGAUUCCUCGUCGCCAGAUCCUCGGUCGAAUUCCAUUGCCGCUCUCAGGCUCAAAGCCAAGGAGCAUGUUGAGUCAAUAACGAAGGGCUUGCAGAUGGUGUAAAGUGCUACAGAAAAUCUUGAGUGUUUGUAAAUAUAGUGAUAUUCUUGAUUAUUUCAAUCUAGGGGCUGAAGCUGUUAGACAUUGAAUUCUCUACAUUGAAUAACGUUUUAUCUUACCUGCGAUGGGAGGUUUCUAUGUAUUGUUUAUUCAAGAUGAUUAGGAGUAAUGAAAAAUCCAUUUGAUUCUAUGAAUGAGUAGUUAAUCAUUCUGUAUGAAUAGGUAUGAAUAGCAUAGAUUCACUAAUACCCCUCAACGCAAUGUGUGUACCAUCUCGUAUAUAAGUUUUUUGGUAUCAAAUAUGAAUUCGGAAAGUAGACUAUGCCGUUCUCUGAUGUCUGGCAGCCUUGGCUUCUGAUAAAAUGGGCGCUGUCAUAUGAUUGUGUGAAUAGGAACAUGUCUGCACUGGCAAGAGGUACCGGGUUAAUCCUUGCUCGGUCAAAUAAUUUUUGUAUAGUAGCAGAGUUCCUUCUCACUCCAUGGAUUCCUAGAACAUUUUAAAAGAUCGCCAUUCAUCGUAAAAAUUCGUUUCUGUUAGUUUUCAAUGUAGAGAAAUCAAUGUGUGGUUCGAUUAAUCUCAAUCCAAAAGUGAACUGUCAAAAAACUCAGCUAGCCUAGCGGGACUGUGGCAAUUACUAUUAAAUUGAUAGACAAGGAAAAUUCACCUACUUGGAAAAAAUUAGCUAACACUCUCCAUAUUCUGAUCGAUUGAAUCUAAGCUGCAAGUUCAACGAGUGCAGAAACUACUCGUAAAUAAUUAGAGAGCCUCAACGAUCACUUCGGAGUAUAAUUGUUCAUUGUGGAAUUUUAUUCAAUUGGAAACUUUGUGAUAAUAUACCAAUCCAUUGUGAGUUUCCUAUUGAGUUCAAAAUCGAAAUCAUUCGAUUUUUGUUUCUAUUGAUUUAAAUGCCUAUAUAUUGCUAUGUAGUCAUUUUAAUGUAUAGAUUGAGAGUGAAUUGGAAAAUUUGGAAUAUAAAUUUUAUACUAGAGAUGAAUUGAGAUUGAUAUUUUAUUCCAUUACAACUUCUCGUUCAGCGAUGCUGGAGCAAAAUAUUUCAGCUGGAGAUUGUGAUUUAUACAGAUCGUCGAUGGAUUUCAGAAGCUUCAAUUAUUCUUUCUUUAUCAAUCUAGCUGAUAUUGUGAAUCCAUGUUGUCAUAGUUAUUUCACUAAUAUUUUUCUGUUGGAAUCCUUAUUCUCAAUGAAAUGACAAUCCAUUGACUACAGCUAAACCAGAUUAUUAAACGUUGUAAUAUACUUAUACGCUUACUUGGGUACAGGUUGAGCUAUUCUUCCAUUCUAAUAAUAUUAAACUUCAUUAAGAUAUCAUUCAAUGAAUAUAUUCAACUAAAUUAUAUGAGAACGAUGUUAUUGGAAUCCCAAAUGAAACGCUACUUUGUACAUAAGCUAACUUUUGAAUUUAUGUUGGAUUAAUUUCGUUCAAAUUAAUCAAUUUCAUAAUGUAACUAUUUAUAAAUUCAUUAGAAGCUGCAAUGCUGCAAUUUGAAAAUUCGAAGCAUUCGCAAUCUUUCUAUGAUCAAUAACAGUUAAUUAGUGAUAAAUUGCUUAAAAUUUCUCAUGAAAGAUUAUUCAAGUUUUUUCAAUAUUGUGAUCCGAGUUCAUUUCUGACUGCUCUAAUGUUCUAAUGUAAGCAUAAGUUGAUUAUUGUUUUUUUCAAGCUUGAACUAUGAAUCACUCAACUAGGUUAUAGAGUAUCAAAUUAUAUCCUAUGAUGUUUGAUUAUUUUCCAAGUUACUUUGGUAUUUGUAAAGCUGCAAAGAUUCGUCUCAUCUCAAAAACUUUAGACUUCUUGUAGAAGCGAGAUGUUUUUCUCAUAAAUAAAACAGUUGUCAAAUUUCAAAAACAGUUCUUUCUCAAUCUGCUAGAGAUCGAAAACCACAAUGUAUAAAUCCUUUGAAACUCUUAAGUAUAGUGAAUUGUAGCUAUAGGGUGAUAGAUGUCAUAAAUUUUAAAAAAUGCAUAUUUAAAUGUAGGCAUGUGUGUGUAUUGAAUGGAAAUUAUCCUGAAAACCUACUACAGUAUGUAUAAAAGGUACAGUUUAAAUUCAAACUAAAUUGUAAGUACCCUGUAUGUAAAUAUAUGUAAAAAUUGUGUAGUAAAACUAUUCUGUAAUAUUUAUAAUGAUUAUGUGAUAAAACUGUGUGAGGAGAUACAUUGUGAUUAGAAUAUUGAAUAAAAGAUUCUUCUAC